AUGAAGUCCACAACUUUCGCUCUCGGAGCUCUCAUGGCCUCAGUUGUCAUUGCUCAACCCCAUCGUCAACACAAACACAUGGCAAAGCACCACAAGCGUCACGAGGAGGUCGUUUGGGUCACCGACUACGACUAUGUCACCGAGACUGCCAAAGUCACAACCACUAUCUGGGUCUCUGAAGGCUUCGUCAUUCCCACUCCGGCUGUUUCUACUCCAACCCCAGCCGCGAGUUACGCUGCCAACUUCUUUGAGAACGCAAGUAAGGAAGCCAAACCCUCGUCGACAUCGACGUCUGUUUUUGUAGCUCCGACUCCAGAGUCGACCUACGUUGCACCACCACCACCAAGUUCCACAUACGUUCCAUUAACCCCGUCACCAGAGCCAGAGCCCACAACUUACGUUGCUCCCGCUCCUGUCGCAGAGAGCUCCACCUACGUCGCUCCCGUCGUCGAGACCCCAUCCCCAGUCUACACUCCUGUGGCUGUCGUAGAACCCACAUCGGCUGCCCCAGUUGUCGCCGCACCAGCCGCUGCUUCUACGUACUCAUCCAGCUCAAGCGGUUCAACCGGUGGAGUCUGCUCAUCAGGUUCACCUUGCGAAGGAGAUAUCACCUACUACGAAGCCGGCCUCGGCGCUUGUGGAGAGACCACCGAUGGCAGCGUCGACAAGGUCAUCGCUCUCCCAGUCGGUAUGAUGGGCGCCCAGUCCAACGGCAACCCAUACUGCGGAAAGACCGUUACCAUCAAGAAGGGGAGCAAGACCACCACUGCGACCGUCGUUGACAAGUGCAUGGGCUGCAAGGGCAACUCCAUCGAUCUCUCCAACGCGGCUUUCCUCGAGCUCGCCGAGUUCGAUGUCGGUCGCACCACUGCUACCUGGUGGUUCAACUAA